UUCUUUUUGUCACCAGGACACAGGUGUUCUGUCCUGAGGUCCUACAUUCAGUAAACUGGGCUACAGUGGUUAGUGAUUCAUCUUAAUUAGGGUUCAUGUUUAAUAUUAUAUAAUAGAAUAUAGGUUUAAUAGUAUGAAUAGUUUCAACAGUAUAUUAGUUUUACCGUCAGUAGGCCUAUUAAAAUGGUUUUUGUUGCUAUGGUGUUGCUCUUAAACCGGCUACAUAUCUAUCUGACUUAAUAGUCACUCCCGACCGAGAGAAUAAGUGAGUGGCGUUCUCAACCUUCGCCAGUUCCUCCAAGUUUCAAACACACGGGGACAGAAUAAGCUGCUUUGCUCCCAUAAAUGUAAAACAUCAAAAAUCUGAAAGGAUUUGCAUCUUCAGCAUCUCAUGACGAAAGGAUUCAAAUUUUGCACUGUUGACCUACACUCACAAUUUGUGUUUGAAGACGAAGAGGAGGGAAGAAGUGUUUUCCGGGCCUUUUCUGUCUUUUAAUUAUUUAUUUCCUAUUUAACUGCAGUGUUGCUAUCAAAACAUUGAUGGUCGAAUAUUUCCAUCAGUGCUGGGAACGUCUGGAUUUUUUAAUACGUUUUAUAUUCAGUCGUAACGUGCUGGUGCGAUGGCUCGUCCACGGCCACGGGAGUACAAGGCAGGGGAUUUGGUUUUUGCAAAAAUGAAGGGAUAUCCACACUGGCCAGCGAGGAUUGAUGAACUGCCAGAGGGAGCAGUCAAGCCUCCUGCUAAUAAAUACCCCAUCUUCUUCUUUGGCACCCAUGAGACUGCCUUCCUUGGGCCUAAGGACCUGCUGCCAUAUAAGGAGUAUAAAGACAAGUUUGGGAAGUCAAACAAGAGAAAGGGCUUCAACGAGGGCCUGUGGGAGAUUGAAAAUAACCCUGGUGUCAAGUUCACUGGCUACCAGACCAUGCAGCAGCAGAGCUGGUCAGAGGGAGAGGGGGAGGGAGCUGACACCGCGGAUGGCAGCAGUGAGGCAGAGGAGGGAGACUCCAUUGGAGAGGAAGAGGAAGGCAAGAUGAAGGGUGACAAGGUUGGCUCGAAACGGAAAAAGACUGCAUCCUCAAAGAAGUCAUGCAAGCUGUCCAGGAAGUGCUCAGGGGAGGAGGAUGAGGAGAAAGAUGGGAAAGAAGAUGAGCAGAAGAGAGAUGACGACAACGACAUCCAGAACUCCUCAGACAAGAAGACAUGCUGUCAAGGGCAGAACCAGUUGCUCCGAGAGGAACAUUAGAGAAUGAGAAACGUCUGAUCCUGAGGUGGCGGUGGUUACAUCCUGGUCAUUUGUGGUGGUGGUUAUGUGAUAUUGGAAAUGUAUAACUUGCAUUGACAUAAUCAAAAUCACAGGAGAAAAUAUUGAUAUAAAUUCCGAAAUCAAAGAACUAUUACAACCAUCCCCUGCUCAUCACUGGAGCAAAUCCAAAGUUAUACAGAUUUACUUAAAGGAGCAGUAAGUAAAGUAAUUAAAAUGAAGAAGAAAAUUCUUCAAUUAAAAUAAAGAAGAAAAAAAAUAAAGAUUUAAUACUGUUUGUGGUCUUUCUCUUUUCUGGUCAGGUUGAAGCAGGUUACCUCCUAUUAAAGUUCUGAACAAGCCAAUUGCCAGUUUGAGUUAAAUAGUUGGUUAAUACUUACUUAAUGCUCCUUUAUUGUAUAACAUUUACACAUCUUAACUAACAAUAAAUUGUAAUAUAGUUAUCAAAUUUAGCGUAAUUUUUUAGCUAUAGCUGUAUAGCUGAAGCAGCCUGUGUAUGUGAGUCCAGUGCCCAAAUGUUCUGUCCUUUUACCCUGACUUUGCUUCCUACCCUGACCUUUGACCCUAUCUUCUACACGCUGCCAUUCACUGUGCCACUCAGCGCUGUGUGUUGUAGUUCCAAUUUCUUCCUUACAGAGUGGAGAAGCCAAUAGACUGCCUUCUAGUACAUUACUCAGUAAAAUAUUAUCCAUGUGUUACCCUUUCAUGUAAUCAGAAAAAUUAAUGGAGAUUAAAAACUGUAAAAGUUUUGCACACAGAGAAAGGGACACUGUGUAACUCAGUAUCAUUCAUGUUAUUUUGCUGUAGAUUCUGGGAUCACUAAGCUACUCUAACAGCCCAGUUCAAUGAUCAUUCUUUAUGAAGUGAAACAGUUCCUGUGUCAGUGGGGUUGGUUGUUUCCUAGGCUUUUAGUGGCAUGCGCAUCUGUUGUAUUCAUCAUGUGAGAUAGAAAUUGUUCCCCUUACCACUUAAUAUGUUUUUUACAUUUGCAUUUUCACAGAACACAGCAGAGUAUGCAGUGCACCCUGACCCUCAUACAGAAAGUUUGAAAGCACUUCUGCACUACCUGGUUCAAACUUGGCACUAAGCACGCCAGUCAUUACCUUUAGCCGUCCAUAACUGUUACCAGACCUUACUCCACACGCUUCUGAAAAAGCCACAUUUUCUUUCUUAUCCGUGUUUAUAUGAAGAAUAUAUUAUAUUUAUUUUUGCUGAUAGUAGAUGACAUUUCUGUGCUAAGUGUAAACUCAUUAGCCUAGCUUUUCCUCCCCUUUUAUUCUUUGUUAUGCUCGGAAUCAGGAUAUGUUACAGUUCUAUCUUACAUUUUCAACGUUUGUAGUUCAAUGUAAACUGUUUUUCCUGUUAAUUCACAAGACUUUUACAGAAUAAACUCGUUGGAAUGCAA